AUGCAGACUGCUUCUACAAACAUUUGUGAAAGAAUGGGUUGCUCUUAGGAGCACAGCAAAUUCAAACAUGGUACCUAGAUAGUCCAGCCGUGAAAUUUCCUUGCUACUAAAUAUUCCAUGUUCAGUUGUUAAUGGUAUUAUAACAAAGUGGAAACAACUGGGAAAAACAGCACCUCAUAAAAUUACAGAGUGGGGUCAGCGCAUGCUGAAGCCCACAGUGCACAGAAGUCACCAACUGUCUGCAGAGUCAAUAGCUAAAGACCUCCAAACUUCAUGUGGCCUUCAGAUUAGCACAACAGUGUGUAGAGAGCUUCAUGGAAUGGCUUUCCAUGUAAUUCAAGCCUUACAUCACCAAGUGCAAUGCAAAGCGUCAGAUGCAGUGGAGUAAAGCACACCACCACUGGACUCUAG